AUGGGCAUCUCAGCACCAGAUCCAGUCAUAGCAGCGGUCAGCGAGUCUCUUGCGCCCACUCGGUAUCCUUCGCCAGAACAGUCCGAGCCGUCUCAAUGGGCACUUGGAACAGACGCUCUUCUCACCAUUCCUCUCGACGAGUCGAUCCGUCUUCUUGAAGUCUUUGAGGAAGAGGUCGAGAUUGUUUACCCCUUUAUCGAUACACGAGAACUGAUAGAAAAGGCGAGUGCAAUACGCGCGUAUGUUGAGGACAGCACGGAUGUUACGGCAGCAACCACUGUCUUAUCGACAAGCGUGGACAUCAAGGACGUGAUCCUUGCAAAGGUUGCCAUGGCCAUUAGCAUGGUAGUUGAGUCACAUGGAAAGAACCAUACAAGUACCAAGCUUGUAGAGCCUGCCAAGCAAAUCAUUUAUCAGUUAUCGAUCGAUGCCGAGGCCGAUCUCAAAGUCAUUCAAAUCAUGGCUAUGAUAACGAGGAGCUCCUUGCGUGGAGGAAUAUUGGCAUUGCAGCGCGAGCUGCUUUGGAAAUGGGCCUGCAUCAGAAUUUGA